UUUCUCCUUUGGUUUGCGUUAACUAUUUUUUCGCAUCAAUUUGUUUGGAGAUAGAACUCUUCGUGAUUUUCCUCUCGAACGACGACGAUUCAAUUAAUAAUUAGAAAAAGAAAAAUUCAGCAUUGCUCUCAGAUCUGCGGUUUCAGUUUUAGAUUCAAUCAGGCUAAGAGCUGGUCCAUUUUGAAAGCAGGGAACGAUGAAGAAAGCUUUUGGUCAAACUGUUAGAGACCUUAAGAGAGGAGUUAAUAAGAGAGUUCUUAAAGUUCCUGGAAUAGAGCAAAAGGUUCUUGAUGCCACUAGCAAUGAGUCCUGGGGUCCUCAUGGAUCACUUCUGGCAGAUAUUGCAUUGGCGACAAGAAAUUUUCCUGAAUACCAGAUAAUCAUGGCAGUACUGUGGAAACGUAUGAAUGACACUGGAAAAAAUUGGCGUCAUGUAUACAAGGCUUUGACUGUUUUGGACUACCUUGUUGCACAUGGAUCAGAGCGAGUCGUAGAUGACAUAAGAGGACAUACAUAUCUAAUAACGACUUUAUCUGAUUUUCUGUACAUUGAUUCCAGUGGAAGAGACCAAGGUAGCAAUGUCCGAAAAAGAUCUCAAAGCCUUUUGGUCCUUGUAAAUGAUAAUGAAAGAGUAAUUGAAGUAAGACAAAAGGCUGUGUCUAACAGGGACAGGUUCCAAAAUACUUCAGCAGGUGGAAUGUAUAGGCAAGGUUCAGAGGGAUAUGGGGACAGAUACAAUAACGAUCACCAUGGAAGCAGGGAAGAGAAUCAGAAUGCUUAUGGAAGAGACAGAGAAUAUGGCUAUAGAGAUCAUGAUCGGUACAGCAGAUAUGGGGAUUCAAAUGGUCAUGAUGGAGAUCGUUAUGGAAGAGAUUAUGAAGAUCGUUACAGCAGAGAUGGUUACAAGGAUAAUGACUACAGAGGUAGAAGUGUUGAGGGUGAUCAAUAUGGAGCAAGAAGUAGGGGCUCAGAUAGAGACCGAUCUUCUGAUGAUGAUGGUUCUUCAUCUCGGGGCAAUGGUGCAAGAGUUGAUAAUCAUUAUCAGGAUGGAAGGCAGCUUGAACAAAAAUUUCCUGAGAAAAAUAUUGGAGCUCCUCCUAGUUUUGAAGAAACAGUAAGUGAAUCUAGGAGUCCUGUCCGUAGAGAAAGGGAUGGAGAAACUUCAGCGGCAGCUUCUCCCAUGGCUUCUUCUGAUAGCAAUAAUCCUAACCAAGUAGCCUUUGAUUUUGGUCAUUCAGCAUCUCCUCCAGGUCAAACAGUGGAGGCUUUUGAUGAAUUUGAUCCACGUGGUUCAGUUUCAGCCGGCCCUGCCCCUACUGCUGCUCCUAGUGCUACACCCACCAUUGCUGCUGCUCUUCCUACUGCUUCAAGCUAUGCUGAAAUAGACUUACUUGGUGAUCUAUCCGGUUCAUUGGCUAUCGUACCAACUACGCCUACAAUCCCUUCUAGUGAGGCUGAUGCCAGCUCAACCUCUGAUGCUAUACCCACCUUUGCUGCUAAUCAAUUCACAUCUAAUUUUGGCAAUCAGGGUUUUGAUGAUCCGUUUGGUGAUGGUCCUUUCAAAGCUUUUCCUUCAACUAAUGAAGGCCAGUUUCAGCAAAAACUUUCAACAUACAUGACUACUUUCCCGCGUACAACGAAUCAAAAUCCGGAAGUUCCUCAGCUGCCUUCUGCAAAAUCCACGACAAUUGCAUACUUCAACUUUGGCGACUCAUUCUCUGCUGAUGCUUACUCUGAGUCCAGUGUCUCUGCUUUUGAGCCUCCAUUAGCAAACUUCAAAUUUUUUCCUCAAGAACUAUCAACUCCAAAUCAGCAAAGUGAUCUUUUAGCAGAUAUCCUUCCACCUUCUGGACCUGCAUAUGAUGUGGCUUCUCAAGUAGCAUUUUCAGCACCAGCCAACCAAUCUUCUCAACCAGUACCUACUUACAGCCAAUCAGCACGGCAAGAUAUCUAUGGUCAAGAGACACAGUCAGGUGCUAAUAUGUAUGGCCAACCUGGGCAGCCAAGUCCUAAUGCAUAUGGCCAAUCUGCACUGUCAAGCGUUAAUCCUUAUAGCCAACCUACGCAGCCAAAUGCUGAUCCAUAUGGCCAACCCACACUUCCAAAUGAAAAUCCCUAUGGCCAACCUGCACAGGCAAAUGCUAAUCCAAAUGGCCAACCCAUUCAGCAAAAUGCUAAUCCCUAUGGUCAACCGGCACAGUCAAAUGCUAAUCCAAACGGUCAACCCGUGCAGUCAAAUGCUAGUCCCUAUGUCCAACCUGCACAACCAAACACUAAUCUAAAUGGCCAUCCGACACAGCCAAAUGCUAAUCCCUAUGGUCAACCAGCACAGUCAACUGCUAAUCCAAAUGGCCAACCUGCCCAGCCAAAUGCUAAUCCAAAUGGCAGACCCACGCAGCUAAAUGCUAAUCCAAAUGGCCAGCCUGCACAGCAAAAUGCUAAUCCCUAUGUCCAACCUGCACAACCAAGUGCUAAUCCAUAUGGCCAACCUGCACAGCCAAAUGCUAAUCCAUAUGACCUACCUGCACAGCCAAACACUAAUCUGAAUGGCCAACUCACACAUCCAAAUGCUAAUCAAUAUGGAGAACCAGCACUGCCAAAUGCUAAUCCCAAUGGUCAACCUGCACAGCCAAAUACUAACCCAAACGGCCAACUCACACAGCCAAAUGCUAACCCACAUUGCCAACCUGUCCAAGCAAGUUCUAAUGCAUAUGCCCAACCAAUGGAAUCAAGUUUGAAUAAUACAUCUAUGAGUCCUCAAAUUUCUGUAUCUGCUGGACAGAGCAGCAAUGGGAGCUCUCAGGUAGCUUCAAACACUCCUGUUAGUUCACUCGUGGCUGCUCAACCUCAAAAUCCUGUUGGACCAGCUGCCCAGGUUAACACUGGAAGCUUCAUUCCACAGCAUGGUUCUGGUGUGUCGGUUGCUUCGCAGAGUGCUAAUCAAACCACAAACGCACCAAGUGCACAUGAUAACAACAAAGUCCUAGGUGGGUUAUUCUUGCAACCUGGAUCAAUCACUUCAAUAUUACCACAGACAUCUCUGCCAACAGGAGAACUUGAUAUAGUUCCGCAGUCGUCAAAUAAGAAGUUUGAACCUAAGUCAGCGGUUUGGGCUGAUACUUUAAGCAGGGGGCUGGUCAAUUUGAAUAUAUCCGGACCCAAAGCAAAUCCAUUGGCUGAUAUUGGGAUUGACUUUGAUGAUAUUAAUAGGAAGGAAAAGAGGAUGGAAAAGCCUGCUCCGAGUACAGUAACGUCUACAGUCACCAUGGGUAAAGCUAUGGGGUCUGGUAUUGGUCAUGCGGGUGCUAGCAUUCUCAGACCUCCAGCAACUCCUAUGGUGGGUUCUGGUAUGAUGGGUAUGGUAAAUGGUCCUGUUGGGAGUAUGGGUUUGGGAGGCUAUGGUGGUAUGAAUCAACAGCCUAUGGGAAUGGGGAUGAACCACAUGAGUAUGAAUCCGGGCAUGGAAAUGGGGAUGAACAUGGGUAUGAAUCCAGGCAUGGGAGUGGAGAUGAACAUGGGUAUGAAUCCGGGCAUGCUGAUGAAUAUGGGAAUGUUACAGGGAGCACACGUGCAACCACGAACUGGAAUGCCUGGCAGUUAUAACCCUAUGAUGGGCUCAAAUGGUUAUUCUCAACAGCCAUAUGGUGGCAGUUUUCAAUGAGAAUGAUUUGGAUCCCCAGAUGGAUUAGGAAGUUGCCGCAUGCUUAUGAUAUAUAUAGAGUAAAAGAGAAUGGAAUAUCAAACCCAUGCUUUGCUGAUGGAUCCUCGAGUCAACUAAAAUCAUAUAGUCACAAAUUGUCUUGGCAGCGGCCUGAUGUCAUCCAUGUUUAUUCAUUCCAAAAAAAUUUCCCAUUAUUUCUUAAGCAACUGCAUUAUUUAUAAUCUUUUGGUUCAUUGCUGUUCUGAAAUUGUGUACCACCGAGACAACCUCUCUCUGGUUGCCUUUAUUCUUUUGUUUUCUCGUUCAUUCAAUAGAUAUUUAUACAUAUUUGAGAAUUUGUAGUAUUUCUGGCUACAAUAUGGAAUAAUAAAUUCGAUCUGUUUUCUUUUC